GAGAGAGGAAGAUAGGAGAGGUAGGAAGAAGUGCCCGGGGAGGAGAGAAGAGCAGAUACAGGGCUGCUUCUUGCUGCUGCUCCUGGGCCUCCUGAAACCUAACCAGACAGAAGCCUCCAAGUGGCCGCCUCAGAGUGCUGCCCUCCUAGUGGAAGGCACUUGGGGAAUGCAGCCGCUCCCGCCGCCUGUGCCAGGCCCUCUGGCCCUGCUGGAUACUACAGAGGGCUUUGCGAGGAGAAAGAAGAUCUCGCUGUGGUUUGUGGGCUCUCUGCUGCUGGUGUCCACCCUCAUCCUGACCAUCGGCCUUGCUGCCACCACCAGGACAGAGAAUGUGACUGUGGGCGGCUACUACCCAGGGAUCAUCCUGGGAUUUGGGUCCUUCUUGGGCAUCGUUGGCAUCCACCUGGUGGAGAAUAGAAGACAAAUGUUGGUGGCGGCCAUUGUCUUCAUCAGUUUUGGUGUCGUGGCGGCCUUCUGCUGUGCCAUAGUCGAUGGCGUGUUUGCAGCACGGCACAUCGAACCGAGGCCUCUCAGCACAGGACGGUGCCAGUUUUACUCCAGUGGGACUGGGUACCUGUAUGACGUCUAUCAAACAGAGGUCACCUGCUACUCCCUGAGUGGAAGGUGCCAGCUGAGAGUGAAGAGCAACACCUGCUAUUGCUGUGACCUCUAUGCUUGUGGGAGCACAGAGUCUUCUCCUGCCUACUAUGAAUUUGUGGGUGUGCGUAGCUGCCAGGAUGUGAUCCACCUGUACCGGCUGCUCUGGGUGUCCACGGUGCUGAAUGUUCUGGGCCUGUGCCUUGGCAUUAUCACGGCUGCAGUCCUAGGGGCCUUCAAGGACAUGGUCCCCCUGUCUCAGAUGGCCUAUGGCCCAACUCCGCCACCUCAGAUCCUCUACAACCCUGCCCAGCAGAUCCUGGCCUACACCGGCUUGUGCCCUCCAUCUAUGACUGUGCCAACCUGUUCCUCCUACCCUCUGCCGCUUCAGCCCUCCAGUGCCCUGUCGGCCUCGUCCUCUGCUGACCUCUCUCGGCCUGAGGACACAGAGUCUCCCUCCCAGUGCAACUCCAGCCAUGGGCCUUCUCCUAAUGCUCCUUCACUCUGCACACCAACCUACUUCCUCCCCGGGGAGAAGCCUCCCCCCUACGCACCCUGACACAGAGGUAGUACAUCUAAAAGUAACUUGGUUUGGGGUUGCCAGAAAUAAAACAAAAUAAAGCCACAUUCAGAAAGCCUGCCUCUGCAGCCAGCCUCAGAGAAUUCAGAAGUAUCUGGAAGCUGAAGCUGUGCACUUUCUUCUCUCGGACACGCCCUCUGCCAGCACAGGCCAGGAGCAGAGGCGGAAGCAGAGUCAGCUGUCUGGCCCAGUGCCACCUCUGCUGUCCCCUCUCCCACAUGAGACCCUAGCCUCACCAUCCAGAAGGGCUUCUCUGCA